CGGGAAUCUUCCUGGCAGUCGGCGAUAACCUGGCAGACGUCGUCGCUCAUCGUCAUGGCACCAAGAAGCAUGCUAUUGCCACGGGCGCAACGAUGCAUGCUGCUGCUCGUGCUCGUCUUGAACAUGAGCUUGCUUGCGCUGGCAGCAUCGCCGGCGCCGUCCAUGGCAUCGACCUCCAAGGUGGUCCGCACCACUGGACCGGCCGACCCGACCUCGCCGGUUCUGGCGAUGCAGGCACCGGCCAAAGAGCCCGAGUCGGCGCUCGACCAUCUCGAGAAGCAGCUGCGGCUCAUUGAGGACCUUGAAGAGUCGCUUCUAAACGGUCUCAACAACAUUGACGCAGAGCUCUCGCGGAGCCAGCGGCCGCGACGGGACAUCACCCAAGCACGCAUUCGCUCCGACAUUCAAGGCCUGCGCGAGAACCUACAGCUGCUUGCACGCAACCUCAACAUGACGUUUUCGGAGCUGGACACGGUCGAGAAGGACACGGAGGAGAAGGCCAAGCAGCUUAACGAGGUCCUCCGGCAACAGCAAGCCGACGAGCAAGCGCACGAGAUCGAGGCGCAAGGCGCGGAGGCCAUCGACUACGAAUCGGGUCGGCUCAAGAACCUCACGCACUCGGAGCUCUCGGCCAAGGAGCGCCAGCACCUCGAAAAGGUCGAGAACGACGCCGACCCCGCGGUGCUCCAUUACGACUUCAGUCUCCUCGGGCAAAUCGCCCUCCUCUUUGGCGUCUCGGCACUCGGUGGCAUCGUCACUUCGUGGAUCAACCUCCCGCCGACGAUCGGGUACCUCGUCGGCGGCGCGGUCGUCGGUCCGUCGGGCCUCGGGCUUGUGCACCACUUCAAGGAGGUCGAGACCAUCUCGCUCUUUGGCACCAUUUUCCUUCUUUUUGCCCACGGCGCCGAGUACUCGGUGCAGCGCGCCGACGAGGUGCUCAAGCGAUACUUGGUCGCUGGCGCGCUCUACGUGGCUGCCACCAUGGUGUGCAUGGCGCUUGUCGGCACGAGCCUGGGCUGGGCCCCGUCGCUCUCGGAAGGCCUCAUUCUCGGAGCUGGCGUUUGCUUUACAUCGACCGCGCCGCUCGCCGAGUACGUGCGCACGCAGAGCCUCCGCCACACGGUCUUUGGUCGGCUCGUCACGGCCAUCGUGGCGGUGCAAGACGUGCUCAUGAGCUUUGCGCUUGCGACGCCCGAGUGGUUUACGCACCACGGGUCGGCCGGGCUCGUGAGCAUCGCGGUGCUCAAGACGCUCUUUGCGUACGGCAUUGUCGUCGGUCUCACGAUCGUCUUGCAUGUGCGCGUCGUGCCGCCGCUGCUCGCGUUUCUCGCGUCGAUGGAGCAAGUCCACCAUUCGCCGCUCGUUUUGCUUGGUAUCGUCUCGGUGUGUCUCUUUAUGGCGCUCUUCACCGAGACGCUGGGGCUGUCGCUUGAGAGCGGCGCGUUCUUCGCCGGCCUUGCGUUUAUGGGCCAAACGAAUCUCAAAGUGACACUCACAUCGAUCCGCGUGCUCGACAACCUCUUUGGGAGUAUGUUCUUUGCCUGCAUUGGCAUGAUCCUCAACCCGGUUUACCUCGUCCGCAACUGCCUCCAAGUGCUUUCGAUGAUGCUGUGCAUCGUCGUCAUCAAGAUCACGCUUCUUCUCGGGCUCAUGACGUUUUUCCGCAUCCCGAUACUGCGCGCGAUGAAGGCGGCGCUGAGCCUCUGCCAGGUGGGCGAGGUCGCGCUCAUCUUUAUGAUCAAGGCGCAGGCGACGCAGCUCAUCUCGCGGCCUGUGUACCUGCAAUUUCUUGCGGCCACGUCGGUCUUCCUCGGGCUAUCGCCGUUUUUGCACAAGAGUCUGCAGGGCCAGAGCACGUUCCACUUUGCAUCGGUCGUGAGCCGAGGCAAGUCCGCGGCCGACGACGACAUGUUGCCGACGUCCCACGCCAACAAGUUUACAUAGCUCUUUUUUUAUAAACGCGCGACUCGAAAUGGUGCAGUCGAGAACAGAACCAUGCACACCAUCGGCAACCCUACCCCUCGUGGCACCAACGCCACGCAUACACCGAAGCCACAGCAUAG